AUCGCUGGCCGGUUGCACUUCUUACGCGUGCACCCCUAGAAGCUCGGCGCAGGUGGGUUCCGGCAUCCAUCACGCCCGGGAGUUCCCGCUGAGCCAAGGCUGGGAGAGGGGCGGCGGCCACAGGGCAGGCGGGCUGGGAAUUAAGCUGUGUUGUCUUGCCUCACAGAACAAACUCAUCUGUUGCAGACCUAGCCUGGAUUGCAGCCUUUGUAAACAAAGAAACACCUGUAGGGUAUCAGCAUGGCAUUUCCAGAGAGGUCUUAAUUUGCAGCUUUAUCAAGAACAAGAAUUGCUUGGACUUCUUUGGGAGAGACUGAACCGGCCUGGAUUUGAGGAAAGGAUGAGAUAAUGUGUGCUCAGCAUGUAGCUGACACUACAGAAGUCAAGUGGCAGAAGGUUUUAUAUGAGCGGCAGCCCUUCCCUGAUAAUUAUGUCGACCAGAGAUUCCUGGAAGAACUCCGGAAAAACAUCUAUGCCCGGAAGUACCAAUACUGGGCUGUGGUAUUUGAGUCCAGUGUGGUAGUACAGCAGCUAUGUAGUGUCUGUGUGUUUGUAGUGAUCUGGUGGUACCUGGAUGAGGGUCUUCUGGCUCCCCAGUGGCUUUUUGGGACUGGACUGGCAUCUUCAUUGAUUGGGUAUAUUUUAUUUGAUCUCAUUGAUGGAGGUGAUGGACGGAAGAAGAGUGGGCGGACCCGGUGGGCUGACCUGAAGAGUACUCUGGUCUUCAUUACUUUCACUUACGGUUUUUCACCAGUGCUCAAGACCCUAACAGAGUCUGUCAGUACUGACACCAUCUAUGCCAUGUCAGUUUUUAUGCUGUUAGGCCAUCUCAUCUUCUUUGAUUAUGGUGCCAAUGCUGCUAUUGUAUCCAGCACACUGUCCUUGAACAUGGCCAUCUUCGCUUCUGUUUGCCUGGCCUCACGUCUCCCCCGAUCACUGCAUGCCUUCAUUAUGGUGACGUUUGCCAUCCAGAUUUUUGCACUGUGGCCCAUGUUACAGAAGAAACUGAAGGCAUAUACCCCACGGAGCUAUGUUGGGGUCACUCUGCUUUUUGCAUUUUCAGCUUUUGGGGGUCUUUUGUCCAUUAGUGGUGUGGGAGCCAUACUCUUUGCCCUUCUGCUGAUAUCCAUUUCCUGUCUCUGCCCUUACUACCUCAUUCGCCUGCAGCUUUUUAAGGAAAAUAUUCAUGGGCCUUGGGAUGAAGCUGAAAUUAAAGAAGACUUGUCUAGGUUCCUCAGCUAAGCUAGGGACUUUCAUUUCAUCAUUAAGACAAGCCAAAAGAUAUAGAGACUAACCAGCAUAGCAUUUAAAUAAAGGCAGAGUCCCACCGUUGAAGCAGUGGGCUGGUCUGGGUAGUAGACCAGAGAUCAGAAGAAAACAUUUAGCCAAGGGCUUAGGGGGAAGGUGUUUGUCCUUCAGUUAUUUUGCGACUAAAAAGGCUUUCUGGUGCUGUCAUGAAUUAUUGUCCCUCUUGGUUCCUUGUAACAAAUGAUGUAAUGUGGGUUCUGCUUAUUAAAAAAAGUAACACCAUUGAA